AUGGAACAGGGUAUAGUGGAUCUUGGUGCUGGAAAUGGCAUACUGGGCAUCGGGGCGCUGCUUCUCGGUGCCCCACGCGCUGUCUUCGUAGAGGUGGAUCCUGUGGCAGCUGAUGCAAUUGAAGAAGGCCUCGAGGCACAGAGCCUGUCAGCCCGCUCUCGUGUCUUGCGCUGCGAUGUGGAGGAGGCCUCCAUUGCAUUGGCGAAGACUUCGGUGCACAUGAUGCACAGUGCUGGUGCAAUGCACGUGGAGCCCUGGGCGCGAGACCAUGGCUGGAGAGCGGUCAAGUGGCUUGAUGUGGAGUUUCCAUUGCCGAGAAAAUAUGCGCAUCAAAGUCGGCGCAGAGGCUUCACGUCGGCUGCCAUGUGGCGAAUCUGCCCGGAAAUCUCGAUGAGCAAGACUGAGAGCAAGUCGAGGAGAGUUCUGUCCGACGACCUGUUCUGA